AUGAAGACCCACAUGGUGCUAGGCGUUGCGCUAUACGCAUGUUCGACGGCGGCAGUCACUACUGAGAUCAGGGUCAUGUCCCUGACGUCGACGGUUGAUUGCUCCGUGAGUUUGACCUGUUCCCAAGAUGUGUUAAUAGCAAUCUCUGAUAUUAUUAAGGGCGCUGUCAUACCUACAGGCCUGCCAACAGUACCUAUGGGCGUUCCCGGGGCCAAUCCCACUGGUGGCAUGGUGCCGGGUGCGACUGUACCUGGCGGAGCUGGCAACCCCCCUGCGUCCACUGGAACCGUCGGUGGCGGUGGAAGUGGUGGCAGUGGAGGUAGCGGCGGUAGUGGGGGAGGUAGCGGAGGUGGAAGCGGUGGUAAUGGAGGAGACGGUGGUGGCAAUGGAGGAGGUAGCGGAGGUGGCACCGGGGGUGGUGCUACCGGCGGCGGUGGCUCUGGCGGCGGCAACGGAGGAAAUGGCGGUGGCUCUGGCGGCUCUGGCGGCGGUAACGGCGGCUCAGGCCAGACCGCGACGACUAGAAGUCCGGCUUCAGGCACAGGAGUCGUGGUCGUUCCGACAGCCGGCUCGCAAGCCCUACAACCUGGCAGUUGGCUGUCGGUGGCCAUCGGUAUCCUGGCUGUGCUGUACUAG